GUGAUGGAACUACUUUAGCAUCUGAUAGUGUUGAUAGAACAAUCUGUUUAUGGGAUGUUGAAACAGGAUUAUAAAAGACAAAUCGGAUGGUCACAACAAUCCAACCUACUCAUUAUACUUCUCACCAAAUGUAACUACAAUAAUAUCUGAUAGUAUGGAUAAGUCUAUUCGUUUAUUGAA